UGUAAUUAGUCUUUGUCUAGACUUGGUGAGAGUGAGAGUGAACAAAUCAAGAAAAAAAGUAUGACGCGUCACGCGAGAAAUUGUACAGCUGGUGCUGUUUAUACUUAUCAUGAAAAGAAGAAGGACGCAACAGCAUCAGGUUAUGGUACAAAUACACAAAGAGUGGGAAAAGAUUCAGUGAAGGAUUUUGAUUGCUGCUGCUUAACCUUACAACCUUGCAGAAAUCCUGUCAUAACAAAGGAUGGCUAUUUGUUUGACAAAGAAGCAAUACUAGAAUAUGUCUUAACCAAAAAGAAGGAAUAUGCAAGGAAAUUGAAGGAGUAUGAGAAACAAAAACAACAAGAACAGGAACAAUCAAAUGAAAAAAGUGCUAAUGAAGAAUUACAGAAAUUGCAAAAGUUUUUAAAAGGAGAGAAAAACAUUGUUUCUCGAAGUCAGAUUAUAACCAAAGACUCUACAUCUUCAGUUUCAAAUAUGAGUAAUGGUAAUGAUAAAAUGUUACCAAGCUUUUGGAUUCCUUCUAAGACACCUGAGGCAAAAGAAACUACAUUACAGAAACCAGACAAGACAGUUUAUUGUCCUCUUAGUGGAAAACCGCUGAAAAUAAAAGAUCUUAUUCCUGUGAAAUUUACUGAAGUAAAGGAUCCAGAUGACAAAAAGUCUCUUAUUGUUAAACAAGCAAGAUACAUGUGUCCAAUUACACAUGAUAUCUUGAGUAACAGUGUACCAUGUGCAAUUAUAAGAACAACUGGUGAUGUGGUUACAAUGGAAUGUGUAGAAAAAAUCAUAAAGAAAGAUUGGAUCAAUCCUUUAGAUAGUACGAACCUGACUGAAUCAGAUAUUAUACCUCUCCAAAGGGGUGGUACUGGAUAUUCAGCUGUUAAUGAUAGUUUAGAAGGCAAACACGAAAGACCAGUGUUACAAGCAUAAUAUACGUGAUUAACAUGUAAUUUGUUUUUUAAGUUAAGAUAUUUUUCAUAUAUAGAAUUAUGUAACUGAACAGAAUGUACAGAAUUAUGUAUAUACAUGUAUUAUAUUCCGACUUUGUGAGAAUUGUCUUGUGUUUUAAAAAAUUCGAAAAAUUAAAAAAUUUUAUUUUUU